AUGCAUUUCACCAAGACUAUCAUCACGCUUAUUGGUCUCUCUGGCCUUGCUGCUACAUACGAUGCCAAUGACAACAAUGGCCUCGCUCAACGUGAGCUCUCGGAAGUCUAUGACGACUUCCUGGUAGCCCGUGACGAAUACAUUGAGAAGCGCGAGCUUUACCUUCGAGCAAAGACUGCCGCUAAGUCAGCUUCUAAGUCUAAGUCAUCUCCUAAGCCAGUUGUUAUCAAGGGCAAAAUGCUCCCGCCGGGCAUCUGCAAAGAGCCGCUUACGGCAAUGGGCUUCUACUGCUGCAGGCGGGGUGGACGACAAGAACAAUGCGGUCCUAUGUGCUCCAACCCGGGGGGUCACUGCGCUUGCGAGUACUAA